CUUGCUACUCCCACCUCAAUUGUUGAAUGCAUUCGUAUCAGCACAGUUUGGCUCGGGCCAGACGUAUUCCCCGUAGGGUCCUCUAACGGCCAAACGAUGUCCAUAGCCUGCCAGGCUUUGCGUGUUCAAACGGGGCCUCGACUAGUGAUUUAGUGUGAGGUAACCCUGACCAUAGCCAUGUGUGACGACAAGCUAGACAUACUUCCAAGGACAAUAUAACCAGGUGGCUGUAUAAGUUGCUCCACCUUUGCUUCCAUUCCUUAUACUAUCUGUCUCCUCAGAGACUCGUAUUCUUUGCUUUCUUCUCCAGAUUCCACUUGUCUAGAGUCCCCUACUCCCUAUUUGCGGUCGUUGCGGCUGCCAACUGAAACCGACGUCAUGGCUGGAAAUCAAGGUGCACGUCAGCCGCCGGUGCUAAAACGCGAUGUCAAGAGCCACAUUCUCUUCGAGAUCUCGACUGAAGUUGCGAACAGAGUGGGUGGCAUUUACUCGGUCCUCAAGUCCAAAGCCCAAGUAACCACCGCUGAAUAUGGUGACCGAUAUACGUUGAUUGGGCCCUGGAAUAGAGCUUCGGCCGUUGUCGAAGUUGAGUCACUUACCCCAACCAAUCCGCACCUCGCUGGGGCGAUAGAUGCGAUGAAAGAAAGAGGCAUUGAUAUCGAAUAUGGAAGAUGGCUAAUUGAAGGCGCUCCACGAGUUAUUUUGAUUGACACCGGUGCCGGUUAUCAGUUCCUAGAUGAAUGGAAAGGCGAUCUCUGGAAUGCCGCCGGCAUUCCAUCUCCUCCAGGGGAUAGCGAAACCAACGAAGCCAUUGUUUUCGGAUACUUGGUCGCGUGGUUCCUAGGCGAGUAUAUAUGCAGAGAUGUGGAUCUUGCGGUAGUCGCUCACUUUCACGAGUGGCUUGCUGGCGUCGCUCUACCCCUGACCAAGAAAAGGCGCAUGGAUCUAACGACAAUAUUCACCACUCAUGCCACCCUUCUCGGAAGGUACCUUUGCGCUGGCUCUGUUGACUUCUAUAAUAAUCUGCAAAACUUUGAUGUCGACGAGGAGGCUGGAAAGCGUGGAAUAUACCACCGAUACUGCAUCGAACGCGCCGCGGCCCAUUCAGCAGAUGUCUUCACUACCGUUUCCCACAUUACUGCAUAUGAAAGCGAGCAUUUGCUCAAACGAAAGCCUGAUGGCGUAUUGCCAAACGGUCUAAACGUGAAGAAGUUUUCAGCCGUUCACGAAUUCCAGAAUCUCCAUUCGCAUUCUAAAGAGAGGAUCCAUGACUUUGUACGAGGUCAUUUCUAUGGCCAUAACGACUUUGACCUCGAAAACACACUCUACUUCUUCAUCGCUGGCCGCUAUGAGUAUAGAAACAAGGGGGUGGAUAUGUUUAUCGAAUCGCUGGCGCGUCUUAACCACCGUUUAAGGGAAACUGGAUCGACUACUACCAUCGUCGCAUUUAUCAUUAUGCCCGCUCAAACAUCGUCUCUUACUGUUGAGGCUCUAAAAGGUCAGGCGGUUGUUAAAUCACUACGAGAUACACUAGAAAUGGUGGAGAAGGGAAUCGGGAAGCGCCUGUUUGAGCGGUGUUUAAGCUGGCGUGAAGGUGACAACAUGCCAGACGAGAAGAAUCUCAUCACCGCUCAAGAUAGGGUCCUCAUCCGUCGCCGGCUCUUUGCUAUGAAGCGUCAUAGCUUGCCCCCAAUUGUGACCCAUAACAUGCUAAAUGACUCCGAGGACCCAAUUCUAAACCAGCUCCGUAGGGUGCAGCUGUUUAACUAUUCAACGGAUCGCGUGAAAAUAGUAUUUCACCCUGAGUUCCUGAACUCCUCGAAUCCAGUGCUUCCUUUGGACUAUGACGACUUUGUUCGCGGCACGAAUCUCGGAGUGUUCCCUUCGUACUACGAGCCCUGGGGGUAUACUCCGGCCGAGUGUACGGUAAUGGGCGUCCCAAGCAUCACUACCAAUCUCUCAGGUUUUGGGUGCUAUAUGGAGGAGCUUAUUGAAAAUUCCUCUGACUAUGGAAUCUAUAUUGUGGAUCGCCGUUUAAAAGGCGUGGAUGAUUCGGUUAAUCAGCUCACCCAGUACAUGUUUGAGUUUGCGAGUAAGAGCAGAAGACAGCGUAUCAACCAGAGAAACAGAACUGAGAGACUAAGCGAUCUACUGGACUGGAAGAGAAUGGGAUUGGAGUAUGUGAAGGCGAGGCAGCUGGCUCUGCGACGGGCAUACCCGAUGUCUUUCGACCCAGAAGAAGACUUCCGUGAUAUUAUCGGCGGAACAGAGCAAAAGAUAUCGCGCCCGCUCUCCAUCCCUGGAUCUCCGCGUGAUCGCUCGGGAAUGAUGACACCGGGUGAUUUUGCAUCACUGCAGGAAGGACGAGAAGGGCUGAGCACAGAUGAUUAUGUAUCUUGGAAGCUGCCUGAUGAAGAGGAAGCCGAUGAGUACCCAUUUCCCAUUGCUCUUAGAACCAGAACAAAAGAAAAGGUCGAACCUCCCCAUUCUCCUGAUCGGGAUGUGGCUCCGAAUGGCAGCUAGCUGCGCCUAUCUUCUUCCUGUAGUGGACUAUUUCUGCGUGGCUAUUUGCUCAGAGCUGUCAAUUGGAAAGGGUGGCUUGUAUCUUUUGUUUGAUCAUGACAUGGCAUUACUAUUAUUGGUUUGUGAUUUCUAGCUUUGCUGUCUUAUGCCAUAGCUCUCAUCUUGUAGUCAUCAUUGCAGCUCUGUGUCGCGAUUGUUAUUGUGAGUGCCAGAUUCUAUCUUAUUCCUGCUUUUGCUUGGUGUACUCUAAAAUUAGUGACAAGGCUUGGGGGGGUGUGCUAUUCAGCAGAAAUACCACUUUGGUGACAUCACUGCAUUUGUAUUCUAUCGGGGUAUCUGUGGAAUAUUUGUCGACAUAAGGUACAACAUCUUAAUCCAUUGUUCACGAUCAGGCGAUGAGAAUAUCUUGGGGGAAAUACCCUACCUAUGGUGACUGAGGAAUAUAUACAUAAUUUCUCACUAUGCUUUGGACGCGCAUGCACGGAAUUAAUCAGAGUCGUUCCUUCUUUGGUCUUUUUAAGAAACAAAUAUUAGGAUAAUAAAAUGAAUGCAAUAGAAGACGGAAGGAGGGGAGAGCUUGGGCGCCUAUUUAUCGCGCUUGUAAAUCUUUGCCAGGAAGCUUUCAAACACUCCCUUCUUCAAUCCCUCGGAUUCAUCGAGUGCAGCAAUGAGUCCUCUGAUCUUCGUCACCUGGUCUUCCUCAAAGUCACGGUAGACCUUGAUCAUAUCCAAUUCAUUGAAGACGACCUUGACCUUAGCUUCGAGUGCCUUGUCCUUUCUGCCGUAGGACUCAUCAAGGACCUUGCGCUGUUCAGGGGAGCAGCGAAGGAGGGCUUGAUUGAUAACCCAUGAGCACUUGUUGUCCUGGAUAUCGGUUCCGAUUUUACCGAUUUGCUCUGGUUUGCCGAAGACGUCGAGGAAGUCGUCUUGGGCCUGGAAGUAUUCACCCAGCGGGAUGAGAAUGUCAUGGGCCUGCUUGAGGUUCUUUGGGGUGGCAAGCUGCAGGUAGUGGAGUGCGAGUGCAACAGGGAGGUAGAAGCUGUAAUAGGCGGUCUUGUAGAUGACGAUGAAGGUGAACUUGUUCAUGCUGAAGUUGUUCAGGUCGACAUGAUCUUCCGGGGCGGUGAGCAGGUCGCACAGUUGGCCAAGCUCGGUUUGGUGGGUGAUUUCGUGGAAUAGUUCAAUGAAAUCGACGUAGGCUGGGUGAGAGCGAAAAUGCUUCUUGAGGAGGACAUAGAUGGAAGACUCAAGCAUGAAUGAGUCAUUGAUGGCGAUCAUGCCCACGCCUUCGCGCCUGUACCAGCAUGGUUCACCACGGCGGGUGAUGGAAGUAUCCAUCAUAUCAUCAGAGACGAGGAAGAAGGCCUGUAGGAGCUCCGUAAGCCAGCCGAGUGUGCAUAGGUCUUUGAAUUGCUUGUCUG